GGGGGGGGGGGUGGCGGGGGAGGGGAUGGCCGGGGUGGAUGCUGGGCAGGUAGAGUCAGCAUAUGUUCAUUGAAUAUGGAAUUAUUAAGUCAGAAAAUAUGCCUUUCCAGUUUAAUUAAGAAGUAGCCUUGGAGAUGAACUUGAAGUUUGAGCUGGAUUGAACUAGCAAAGAUGAAGGGAAGAAAAAGGAAAGUGUGCAUUUCCUUGCAGGUUGAUCGUGUCCUCUGAAACGUUAAGUCCCAUGAAGGCAGGUGAUAGUCUGUUUCAUUGUCUUGUUUAUGAUUGUUACCCCGAUGCCAUCGCAAUGUCUGUCACUUAGUAGUCAGUAAACAUUUGUUAAAUUAAAAAAGUAAAAUAAAAAAAGAAUACAAGUAGAAAAGUCUGUAGCUUCAUUUUCAGAGAGAGAGCAAUGACUGAAAAUUUGUAAUGGAGAGAGGAGGAAGGGAAGUUAGGCGGAGGAAUUUAGGUCUUCAAUCAGUCUAUAGAGAGACCCAGGUGGACCGAAGUUUGAACCUAGAACUUUGAGGGCAUUCCUUGAAACCAAGAAUUGUGCGCUUUCUCAUGCAAAGCUGCUGGGGAACGUGUUUUUCAGAAACGGGGACCUCCCGAGGAACACUGCAAUUUGCAGACACUAGAAGGAGAAAGUUCAGUAGCUUUCUUUCUCCCGGAGUCCCUGGCAACUUGAUUUGUAAACUGCCCCCUAAAUAUGGAAUCCGUGUUAAUUUGGCAGGGACUCCGCCGCUCUAGGGGGAAGCCAUGCAUUGAAUUAACAUUUUCUUUUUUUUUUUGGCGGUACGCGGGCCUCUUACUGUUGUGGUCUCUCCCGUUGUGGAACACAGGCUCCGGACGCACAAGCUCAGCGGCCAUGGCUCACGGGCCGAGCGGCAUAUGGGAUCUUCCUGGACCGGGGCACGAACCUACGUCCCCUACAUCGGCAGGCGGACUCUCAACCACUGUGCCACCAGGGAAGCCCUGAAUUAACAUUCUGUAACGGGGCCAGCCGGAGGCGCCGGCGGAAGAAUGGUGGGCGGGGACAACCCAGAGGCGGCUGGAGGCCCACCCCCUUCCCAGAGUACACUGCGGAAGCCGCCUGUCUGAGCCGGCUUCUCGCCAUCUCCCGCCGGGCUCGGGAGAGGGUUGGACCAUGGACGGGCUCCGGGCUAGCGCUGGGCUGCUGAGGCGCGGGCGGUUGAGGCGCCGGCGCCAGCCACAGCCACAUAGCGGGUCGGUCCUGGCCCUGACCCUGAGGCCCAGGAAGAUCCGAAGGCAGCUGAGGAGAAGUGUCGCGUCCCGGAUAGCCGCGCUGAGGGCCCAGGCGUUGCCGAGCGAGGACUCGGAGGACUCGAGGGUGGAGUCGAUGGUCGACGAUCCCAGGGACCCGCCGGCUGGAGGGGCGGCGGCCCUGUCGGAUGUGACCCGGCGGGAGCCGUACGGCCACCUCGGGCCCGCGGAGCUGUUAGAGGCCUCGCCCGCAUCCCGCUCCCUGCAGACUCCCCGCGCCCUGGUGGAGGCGCAGACCCUGCCGGCGCGCUUGGUAGAAGCGCAGACCCCGCCGGCGCGCCUGGUGGAGGCAUCCGCCCUGCCGGCACGCCUGGUGCAGGCCUCGGGCCCCCCGCCGCGCUUGGUGGAGACCUCGGCCGUGCUGUGCUCUGCCCAGCACUUGGCGGCCGCCCAGCUGUCCGUGGCUCCAGCGACGCUGUCUGGGCCGCAGGGGGAAAGCGCGGGCGGGGAGCUGCCCUGGGACUCCCCGUUGCAGCGCGUCUUGGCUGAGCUGAACCGCAUCCCCAGCAGCCGGCGGCGGGCGGCGCGCCUCUUCGAGUGGCUCAUCGCGCCCAUGCCGCCCGACCAUUUCUACCGGCGCCUAUGGGAGCGCGAGGCUGUGCUGGUGCGGCGGCAAGACCACACCUACUACCAGGGUCUUUUCUCUACCGCCGACCUGGACUCAAUGCUGCGCAACGAGGAGGUGCAGUUUGGGCAGCACCUGGACGCCGCGCGCUACAUCAGUGGGCGGCGCGAGACCCUGAACCCACCCGGCCGCGCCCUGCCGGCCGCCGCGUGGUCCCUGUACCGGGCUGGCUGCUCCCUGCGCCUCCUCUGUCCGCAGGCUUUCUCCACCACCGUGUGGCAGUUUUUGGCUGUGCUCCAGGAGCAGUUUGGAAGCAUGGCAGGCUCCAACGUUUACCUCACGCCCCCCAACUCGCAGGGCUUUGCCCCCCACUACGACGAUAUCGAGGCUUUUGUGCUGCAGCUGGAAGGUAGGAAACUCUGGCGGGUCUACCGACCGCGGGUUCCAACCGAGGAACUAGCCCUGACAUCCAGCCCCAACUUCAGUCAGGACGACCUAGGAGAGCCUGUGCUGCAGACGGUGCUGGAACCUGGAGAUUUGCUCUAUUUUCCCCGAGGCUUCAUUCACCAAGCCGAAUGCCAGGAUGGAGUGCACUCUCUGCACCUGACCUUGUCCACAUACCAGCGCAAUACCUGGGGCGACUUCCUGGAGGCUGUACUGCCUCUGGCAGUGCAGGCUGCAAUGGAGGAAAAUGUGGAGUUUCGUAGGGGACUGCCCCGAGACUUUAUGGAUUACAUGGGGGCCCAGCAUUCGGAGUCUAAGGAUCCGCGAAGAACUGCUUUCAUGGAGAAAGUGCGGGUCUUGGUUGCCCGCUUGGGACACUUUGCCCCUGUCGAUGCUGUGGCUGACCAGAGAGCCAAAGACUUCAUCCACGAUUCUCUGCCCCCUGUGUUGACUGAGAGGGAGAGGGCACUAAGCGUUUAUGGGCUCCCAAUUCGCUGGGAGGCUGGGGAACCUGUAAACGUGGGGGCCCAGUUGACAACAGAAACAGAAGUGCACAUGCUUCAGGAUGGUAUAGCUCGGCUGGUGGGUGAGGGAGGCCAUUUGUUUCUCUAUUAUACAGUGGAAAACUCCCGAGUUUAUCAUCUGGAAGAGCCCAAGUGCUUGGAGAUAUACCCCCAGCAAGCUGAUGCCAUGGAACUCCUGCUCCGCUCCUACCCAGAGUUUGUGAGGGUAGCGGACUUGCCCUGCGACAGUGUGGAGGACCAGCUUUCCUUGGCGACCAUGUUAUAUGACAAGGGGCUGCUGCUCACCAAGAUGCCUCUAACAUGAACUAGGUACUCCUUGAUUGCCAGAAACAAGACAGUAGUGAUUCUCUCCUACCACCACCACUUUUUUGGGGGAAGAAAUUCGUUCUUA